AUGUGGAUCGUCUCCCUGCUCUGGUAUCCAAUUCUUCCAGCUGUCGCAGCGGCUAUUCUCGUCUUCAUCUUCGGAAGUUGGGUUCUCUCAACCAGGAGGCCCAAAGACUUCCCACCAGGCCCUCCUCCAGCUCUGAUCAUGGGCAAUGUGCUGCAACUGCCAUCGGAGAAAAAUUUCCUCAAGUUCCACGAGUGGAAGAAGACGUACGGCGACAUCUUCGGUAUCAAGAUUGGGGCUGACAACUAUUCGGAUCGACAGCAGCCGUACAUCACCUCGCAAAUCGUCAACCCGGGAACGCUUCUGUUCAUGAACAACGACCACAACAUCAAAAAGACGCGGACGGCUUUGAGACAUCUCGUCGGAACUGCUGAGCUGCAACGUGCUAUGACAGUGCAGACCGCGCAUUCCGCGGUCCUGAUGAAGCGUAUCAUGGAAGACCCAAAGAGCUUUCACGAGCAUUUGAAGCAAUGGGCCCUGGCUACACCUCUCUCCAUUCUCAGCGGACAGGCUGUUUCGGAGAGUGGCGUUCUUUCGACAGACGACUACUUCAAGGUGCAGGACACUUGGCUCAGUUUCAUCACGCCCGCCCAAGCGCCUCCAGUUGACCUUUUCCCUGUCAUGAAGUACAUCCCCAAGUUUCUCGCCGCUUGGAGGCGAGAGGCAGAUAAUCUGCAUCUGGCCAUGAAAAGAUACAGGUACCACAUGCUCAACGGCGCCAAAGCCCAGCACGCGAGGAUUGCCCAGGGUGUGAGAGGCCCAGAGAACGAGUCAAUCAUGACGAAGCUCAUCAUGGAGGGCGAGAGGCCAAAGGGUUCGAAAUUUGGGGACCAUGAGCUCGCUCUCUUCGGCGCCGGCGUGUUGGAUGCCGCUGUUGAUACCCUCAUUGCCACGGCCAGCAGCAUGCUGCUCAUUCUGGGGGCAUACCCUGAUGUGCAGAAGCAAAUCCAGGCUGAGGUGGACUCGAUCUGGCGGGAUGAAUCACCAGGACCAGAAGACCUUCACAAGGCAGUCUAUUUGAGAGCUUGCCUGAUAGAAGCCAUACGCUGGCGCCCUGCAGUCCCGUCAGGGCUUCCAAGGGUGCUCGCCCGAGACGACACCUACCGCGGCUUCAAGUUCCCCAAAGGAACCACAUUCCUGCUGCACACGUGGUCCAUCCAUAUGGACGAAGAGUGGUAUGACGCACCCGAAGAGUUCCGACCCGAGCGAUACCUGGACAACGAGUGGGGAGUCAAGCCGUCGAUGCGGGAAGCCGCCAAGAGGCAGAACCGCCAUCCGACCUACAACUUCGGUAUCGGCCGGCGCGUGUGUCCCGGACUGGUCUAUGCCGAGAACCAAGCCCUGAUCACGAUUGCCAAGUUGACAUGGGGGUUUGACGUCAUCCCCAAGGGGCCUCUGGAUACGAGCGUCGAGACUGGGUUUCACGACGGGCUGGUGAUGGGGGUCUCGCACGUUGAUGUUGACAUCCAUCCCCGGAGCGAAGAGAGAAAGGGCAAAAUGUUGGAGGAUAGUGCGAGGGCGGAGACGGUGGUUGCUGCUUGGGUUGACUGA